AUUCAGACUCCGGUCGGGCGGGCGGUUGGAUAUUCACACGCGUUGGUGGUUUUUGUUUUUUUUAUCUAAAAAAAAAAAUAAUAAUUUGAAAAAGUGCCGAAAAUGGCCGGCGUGUUGUUCGUGGUGUGCGUGCCGACGGCCAAGUACGAGGCUGAACUGGUCAAGUACGCGAGUGGCAAGGAGGAGGCCGCGGCGGCGGCCGCGGACCCGCAGGCCGCGACCACCGGCAGCAAGAAGCACAAGUUCUUCAAGUCGUCCAAGAAGUCCGACUUCUACAAGAGCGAGCCGCAGCUGUUCAACAACCAGCAGCAGGCGGCCGCCAACAAGGGCCAGUCGCCGGCGCUGUCCAACCCCAAGUUGUUCCGCGCCGUCACCGAGUCGGCCCUCGACAGCAAGGCGUCCCAGGAGGCGCUCAACAUCUUCAACAACGCCGUCCAGAACAACUUUCUCACGCCGCCUCAAAAUCAAGGUCAGCAGAUUAACAAUGACCUUGCGAAGAGUUCGAACGCCGUCCAGGCGAAUUCCGCCUCAAUCCUCAACCUGGUUGUGCCCACCCUCGGCGGCAGUUGCAACCCCCUCACCCCCACCCCUUCACAACCGCAGCUUCCACAUGCCGAAGAGGACGAGGAGACGGGACUGAAGAUGAAACCCAUGGAGCAGAUUCUCACCAGUGUACUGAGCAAACUGAAAAUUGAAAACGCCGUUUGGUGUCCUGGCAAAAACAACAACUUUUAUCAGGUAAUAUUUUCCACCGGUUCCGGAGAGCCUUGCGAAGAAUGUCUGCAGUGCCUUCAGGAUUGCGGCAUCGGCCAAAAAUACAGCUCGGUUGUCAGUGUCAUUCCCUGUAGUUUGUAUUACGAAGGCCAAUCGGAAGAAUCGCCAACUGCUCUAGACGGGUCUUCUGGUGAGGAAGAGUUUGGCUCUGACGAAAAAUUGAAAGAAACUCCAAGCAAGGUGACUGCGUGGAGCAAAUUCGUGGCGAGCGUGCGUGCUCGGCUGACGGUGGCCCAGGUGGUGGAGCAGGUCCGAGCCAACGCCGAACUCACCUUUGACUUCUGCAUGCUGCUCCUGGUGGCGGGUUUGGUAGCUGCUCUUGGGUUGGUGGAAAACAGCUCUGUGAUUCUGGUCGCCAGCAUGUUGAUAUCGCCUCUGAUGGGUCCAAUUUUGGCCGGAACAUUUGGCACCGUCAUCAGAGACAGGCAACUGCAGCGAGUUGGCAUUGUUCACGAGUUGUUCGGCCUACUCAUGUGUCUGGUGAUCGGAUUUGUAUUUGGGCUGGUCAUCGCCUCCAUAGUUGAUCAUUGGCCCGACGAUCCGAAUGCGUCCUGGCCCACCGAGGAAAUGAAAGCAAGAGGGUUGCUGCGGUCUUUGUGGGUUGGGGUGCUGAUUGCCCUGCCCUCUGGAGCUGGGGUGGCCCUUUCGGUGCUCGGAGGCAACGCAGGGUCGCUGGUCGGAGUGGCCAUUUCGGCCUCUUUGCUGCCCCCCGCCGUCAAUGCCGGUUUGCUGUGGGCUUUGGCCGUUGUUGAGUUGACAAAAGACCCAAAUCACCCCCAAGCCAUCAUGCUCCAGGACAAAGACAAUGCAACCGCCUGGGCCAUCGAUUCUGCAACCGAGUCUCCGAAGAUCGAUCACCUUUACUCGGACCACAAACCUGCAGAAUUAGCGGCCCUGGGAGCCAUAAGCUUAUGUCUCACUCUGCUGAACAUUCUCUGCAUUUUUAUUGCUGGAAUUAUUGUUCUAAAAAUCAAAGAAGUGGCGCCGAAGACGUCUCGUGACGACCUGGACGUUUUCUGGAGACACGAUAUUAAGUUUGUGAGAGAUUACAACAGGACUAUGCAUGGAGAGGAGGGCAAAAAUUUAGGCAAACAACUUAUAGAGGAGCUCGCUGGAAUGUCUUCGGAAAAAAUAAACGCUGUUGUAAAUGAGGCGACCAGAGACAGCAGUUUUCUGGACAGAAUACGAAGAUUGAGUUUCAUGAACGGCCACAAUGAUAUGACGUACAGCGGAACGCCAGGUCGAAACGAGAGCACCUGGUCUCCGAAUUCAGCGGGCGCUCUUGAAGAGCGGCCCAACAUCCGCGACCUGGAGGACUUGUACGCCACCCUGACCGGACAAAGACCUCGUUCAUACGUCCCACUGCCAAUGCCAACCACUGGAGCUGCCAUGAGGAGAAGGUCCUUUUCUGCAGUGCCCCGUCGCACCUCGGUCACCGUCAUGGCCCCUUCAAAACGCCGAGACUCCGUCAGCAGACCAAACUCGAGGGUUCCCAAUGUUGGACUCGCCACCAUCACUGAAACCAACUCUCCAGCUGGAACUCCGGUAGCAAAACACGGAUUCCGUCGCCCAAGUUCGAGUCCCACCCAGAAGCCCAGCAAAGAGAAAAUGCGAUUCGUGGUGACCCCGGCUGCUGACGACUCGCUGCCCAACACCCCCGUGCAAGAGAGAAAGACAAGCCAAGGUCCCAUUUUGCGGAAGGGUGAUUACCAAUCGCCUGGAAGUGGGAACAGUAGUGCUACUCAGCAGAAAAAGUUCUCUCUGGGAUGAAUACGGAGCUCUAGAGGACUUCAAAAGUGCCAGAUAAUCUCUCUAAAAUGCCUUUAUUUAAAAUGUAUUUUCACGGAAUUGUAAGUGCGUUAUAUUGGUGCUCAAAUUAUUUAACGCUCUCUUGAUGGAGAGAUAAAAAGGUGAUGGCGGAGUUUUUACUUAAUGAUAAAAUUAUACAAAUAUUUAGCUAUUUAUUAUGAUAUAUAUUUUGUUGAGUAUUACGAUUUAUUUUCCAUGAGGCUACUAUGUUUUAAUUUUUAAGAGAGAAUUUUUAUUUAGUGCUAUGACAACUGCGUACAAGCCUCCAACAAGAAUUCUACUUAAAAUUAAUAAAAAUUGAAGAAAUUAAACGAUUUACUAUUAAUACACAACAUGUUGUUAAUCAGAUUUUACAAGGAUAAAAAUAAAUCUUGUUUAUUUUUUGUA